GUCGAGGCUGGCACUCGCGUGCUGUCGUGGUUGCAGGAGCCAGUGGGGAACAUCGACCUUUACGACGCUGGCUUUGAGAUGGUGCGGCAUGUCUUGCUGCAGGCGUGGGUGGAGACGAAUGCUCACGAUCGUCUUCGCACAGCCCCCUUUCUGGAUUUGCUGACGUCGCUUAAGCUGAGGUCCGAUGUUCCAGUUUUGACAGCGACCCCUCUCGGAGGACAUUCAUCCUUGCGGCAGGCCCUAGAGGAGCGCCCUCAGGACGUUCGCCUUUUUCAGGACAGGGCAGUGUGGAUGGCCGCCCUCACUCCGGAGUGGGGGCUCAACGUGGCCGAAGAACUGUGGGCGACGCUUAGGGUGCUGGCAGUUCCGGAAAUUCCUUUGCGGGCGGAUCUCCUGUUCGGGGCAGGGGUGCCAUCAUGGGCCAUUGAGCUGGCAGCCAGGGGCCCGGAGCCAAAUACAGCUGGGACGGCAGCAUCCUGGCCACCAGAGAGAAGUGGACGCCCCGACUUGCCCCGGGCUCCCACCAUCAGGUCUACCAUUCGGGCAUUCGGAGUAAGUCUGAAGGCAGGGGCCUACAGGAGCGUGGCGGUCUACUUCAGCGCGAUCAUAGGCCCGGCUCGCCUCAAGGACUUCUUCCAUGUCCCAGACUUGAGGGCCGCUCUGGAGGGCCCAGAGGAAGUUUCGGGCUUUGUGGCAACGCAGCCACGCCAUAUGGCAGAAACACUGUUGCUCUGCUCGUGGUGGAUGCUGCGGGAGAUCGAGGCUGCCAAUGCUCAAGUGGGUCAUGUAUCAUGGAACGAUUCCCGAGGUGAAGUUACGCUUAUGCUGCCGGUUCAGAAGUGUGACACGAGGGGCAUGCUGUGCUGCCGCACACUGAGGUCCCCGUUGUUUCCUGGGCCCAACGGGGGGGUUUUGACCAAGGAGCAGUUCGUGUCCGCAGCAAGGGCUACGUUGCAAGCCUGCGGAGUGCCUACAACUCGCGAGUAUGAGGGUGUCCAGAUGGAGCGGUUCACCGGCCACAUUGCACGGAUCUCCGGUGCCCAGUGGCUGCACAACCUGGGGGUUCCGAUGCAGAUGUUGCAGGUGUUGGGGCGUCCUGAUGCAUUCCUUGCGAUCGUCUUCCGAAAUGCAGCCAGAGAACAAGCGGACAUGUUGCAAAUGGAAGCCGCUGCGAGGCCGCUAGUGGCCAAGGAGAGCCCGCCCCUCUGGCCCGGGCUGCCUGAAGCGCUGCUUCCUGCGGAUGCCGCGUUGGGAGGCAAGUGGAGAGACUUGGCGCUGGUGGCCAGCGUCACAGCCUUGAACACUGUGCUGGCGUCCUCUCUGCCCCUGCUGGGAGGCAAGCCGCAGCCGCUGUUGAUCUCCACGAUCUUCGACAAGACUUUGAUGCAGAAAGAUCCCGAAGCCUGGGUCCUCCCCUGGGCCGGCGUGGCUGGGACCCUGGCGCUCUGUUUUUUGAUGAAGUGGUGCAUGACCAUUCUCGCCUUGUCCUCGGCCAUACCCGCGGGAGUGGUCGCACCAACGAUGAUCAUCGGCGGUCUGCUCGGACGCGUCUACGCCCACGUGCUCCUGCCGGACUGGUUCGUCGAUCUUCUUCUGAGCAAGGAUGGCCUUCCCCCUUCGGAGCUGCAGCGCGGCGCCUUCAUGGCCCGCUGCGGCAUCGUCGGUGCCAGCGCCUUCUGCGCGGCCGUCUGCCGGGCCUUCGCCAUGGCCAUCACCGUCUUCGAGGUCUUGGCCUUGCCGAACUCCGUGCUGCCGCUCUGCAGCUCCGCGCUCACCGCGAUCUUCGUGGCGAACAAGGUGUCCCUGCCCUUCUUCGACGCAAACUUGGCGACGCGGAACCUGGGCGGCAUCCCGGCCAUCACCUUCACGGACAAGGCCAUCGAGCCCGUUAUGAAAGUGAUGACCGUCGCUGACAUGAGCGAAUGUUUGCCUCAGAUGCUGACACUGCGGCACCUGCUGCACGUGCUCACCAGCACGAAGCACGACUUCUUCCCCAUCGUCCGGCCGUUGGCCUGGGACGUUUCUGACAAGGGCCUGCUGGAGGGGACCAUGACUCGGAAGAACGUCGAGCGGCUGGUGACGAUGCUCGAUCCCAGAGGCGAGACGCCCGACCGGGAAAUCGAUCUCAUGGAUCCACAGUUCCAGGCACCCCCAGACGGUAGCGAGGCCCUGGUGGAGGGCUCCCCGGUGCGCGUCUCGCCGGAUUGCACCGUCAAGGAUGUGUACCUCUUGAUGAAGGUUGCCGAGAGCGAUGGAGUGGUCUACGUCACGGAUCGUGGCCUCCUGCAAGGCCACAUCACCCUCAGCACGCUCAUGAGCCGCGAGGGGGCCUUGAGAGAAAGCCAUGUCAUGAAGAAGCCGCGUAGACAGACAAACCACAGAGUCCUGGUGGAGACGCCUACAGAGCCGCAUACACAGCACCACACGUUCUUGCGGACUUUGCCAGCGGACCUUCUCUCGCUGGCGGGUGGCCAGGAGGUUUUGGUUCUCUUCGGGACCGCUGCGGCGAUGUGGCGCCUGCUGGGUGCCUUGAGCCCGGAAACCCAGGAAGGUGCCGGGCGAGCGGCCCUGGCGAUGGUUCGAGGCGUGGCGCCAGAUCUGCAAGGGCGAUACAGCGGAGCCACCUUCCGGUGCGGAAGCACCACCACGGAGGUGCAAAUCGCGGAGGUAAACGACGAUUUUUGCGACUGCCCAGACGGAUCGGAUGAGCCAGGAACUGGAGCCUGCGCUGGUGCCUCUGAGGCUCUCUUCCAUUGCAGCAAUGCAGGCAGCGCAGCGCGGCUGGUCUACGUGUCCAGGGUCGGGGAUGGAAUCUGUGACUGCUGCGACGGCUCUGAUGAGGAAGCCUCGCGCAGUACUCGAUGUCCGAACACUUGCCGAGAAGAAGGUGAGCGCCUGCAAGCCGAGCGGGAGCGGAAGUUGAAAGACCUCCGCGCUGGUUUGGAAGUGAAGCAGCACACCAUCACGGAGGCGAAGCAGAGCCUUGCUCAAAAGCGCGAGGAUCUGGACAGGCUGCUGGCACAGCUGCCCGAGCUGGAGGCGCGCCUGGGCGAGGCGCGGAAGCGGAAGGAGGAGCUCGAGGCCGUGAAGUUGCAGGAGGAGUGCAAGACCGAGUUGCCAAGGCUCAGGGAGAAGGUGAAAUCCUUGGAAGCCAAAAUCGCAUCCCUGGAGGCGCAGACAAAGGGCGCCGACGCAGGAGCGAGCUCCACGAGCACCACCAGCAAGGUGGUCUCCGAGUAUGCCAAGUGGAUGGAGGGAGCCGAUGCCAUGCAGGAGCCGGAGGAAGAGCCGGAGGAGCCGGAAGAGGAGCCCCCUUCCAAGCCGGAGGAGGAGGCUGCCAGUCAGGAGAAGGCUUCAGGCGACUCGGACGAGGACCCUGCAGGGAAGGAGCUGAAGGAGCUUGAGGCGCAGGUGAAGUCGGAGCAGGCCUUGCGCGAGCGCCUGGAGCGAGAGCUGCAGGAACUCCCCGAGGAGAUGUUGGGCUUUGCCAGUCUGCGAGACAAGUGCCUGGAGCACAAGACCUCCGAGUACACUUACAAGCUUUGCUUCUUCAAGGAUGCGAAGCAGUCCUUCACCCGCCUCGGCACCUGGAGCGGCUUCACUUCCUCCUCGGAGGCCCUCUUCAAAGAUGGGGACAUGUGCUACGGAGGCCCCGCUCGCACUUUGAAGGUGGUCUUCGAGUGCGGCGCCGAAGAGGAAGUCGUGGAGGUCAGUGAGCCCUCGCGCUGCACCUACCAGGCCCUGGUCCGGCAUGCGGGCGCCUGCUUGGAGGAGGCGGAGGCCUCCGGAGCCGCCCUCCGACACCCCAAGGACGAACUCUGA